AUGGCCAGCCCUCCAGCUACUGCUGGUGGGACGCCACGGGGGCGUGCCGGACCGUGCCGCAAGGCGAAGGCUGCGAGCAAUCCCCUUGCUCCGGCGCUGUUCGCGCUGGGGCAACACGAGGCGCUCUGCCAAGCCGCGGCCAAGCUGCACCGCGACGAUGCCUUGCGCCGCCCGGCAUCUCCGAGCUGGGGGCCGCGGUGUGGCGAGGGGACAAGCCACCGCCUGAGAGAGGCCUGGUGGUCCUGGGUACUCCCAUCGGACACCCCGAGUUCGUGCGAGCAUAGGCGGCGGAGCGCAUGCAGGAGGAACGCAAACUUCUCGAGCAGCUGCCGGAACUGCCCGACCUGCAGUGCAGUUGGCUCCUCCUCUCCAUGUGUGCCUCCACUCGUGCCAACCAUGCGCUCCGCACGCUGCCCCCGUCCGAGUCACGAGGGUACGCCGCUGCGCACGAUGCAGCGAUAUGCAGCGAUCUGGGAAACGCUGCAGGCUUGCCUUGGAGGAGAGCCCCUUGACGACGCGCCCCACGCGUGGCCCAUAGCCACGCUGCCAGCAGUGCUCGGCGGACUCGGCCUCCAAUCCGCGCAACGCACAGCCCCGGCCGCGUACUGGGCUGCGUGGGCAGACGCGCUGCCGGUCAUGCGAGCUCGUGCGCCCGAUUUGGCAAGCCGGUGCCGGGAGGCCCUGGAAGGGGGACCGGGCCGAGACGCCCCAUGUCUGCGCGAGGCGGUAGAAGCAGGGGCGCUGUUGCGUGAGGCAGGCUGGCAGACAUGCCCCACGUGGAGCCUUGUUGAACGGGGUGCGCCCGCCCCCAGCCGACGACGCAGGGCCCGGAGACUGGCCGCAUGGAUGGCAGAUGCGCGCGACGCGAACCCUCAACAGGCACUUCCGCGAACGCACGCUUCUGCCAGACAUGCCACCCAGUUCCCAGGCACUCUUGCGAUCCCAGGCAGGACCGCAGGCAGGAGCAUGGCUCGCUGCGAUCCCCACCGAGCCGGCCACCACGCUCCCACCGAGGCGAUGCAGAUCGCUUUGAGGCGCCGCCUGCGACAACCUCUGCCUCUGCACAGCAACACCUGCGGGCCGCCCCAUGGCUGCCGUGGCGCAGUAGACCGCUUCGGCGACCACGCACUUGCGUGCCCGCGCACUGGACUCCUCGCCAGGCGGGCCAAGAUCGUGGAGCGAGCCUGGGUGCAGGUCGCCCGGGAAGCGGUGGGGUCGGAAGGUCAAGUCGUUCCGCAGCAGUGGCUGGCCAACACCACCGCCCCGCAGGUCGGAGCGCAGGACCGUCGCAGACUCGACCUCGUCGUGUACGGGGCGCUGCGCAGCGGGGGGGCGCAGUGCUGCGACGCCACGCUGGUUUCCCCGCUCACGCGAUCGGGGCACCCGCAGCCGUGCGCAGCGGCCGUGGACGGAGCCGUGCUGCGGGUGGCUGAGCGCCGCAAGCACGCCGCGUACCCGGAGCUCACGCGAGGGGGGCCGCAAACGCUCGUCGUGCUCGGCUCCGAGGUGGGCGGCCGCUGGAACGCUCAGGCCCGAGGCUUCGUGCGAGACCUGGUGCGUCUCAAGGCGUACCGCGCCCCCCUCCCCGUGCGCGCGGCAGCGACAGCAGCUUGGGCGAGGCGUUGGUGGAGCAUGCUUGCGGUCGCGGUGCAGCAGGCAGUCGCCAGUACGGCUCUUGGAGGUGCCUGGCGGCAGCCGCUGCAACCUGAGGCUGGCGAAGGCCCGCCGCUCGACAGCGUCAUCCACCACGCUGCCCCUGAGGGCCACAGUCGCCUGCCCCUGCGGCCGUAG